AUGCCUUUGACCGGCGUGAAAAAUGUUGUGCUGGUUCUUUCCGGCAAAGGCGGAGUUGGAAAGUCCUCCGUCACGCUGCAGCUUGCCCUCGCGCUCUCACUACAAGGCAAAUCUGUUGGCAUCCUCGACAUCGACCUGACAGGACCAUCAAUGCCGCGCCUCGUCGGGCUCGAAGAUGCGAAAAUCACACAAGCCCCAGGAGGAUGGGUACCAGUACCAGUCCACAGCGCAGAGUCUACGUCCGAAGGCUCAGAGUCCUCACAAACCCCACGUGGUUCGCUGCGCUGCAUGUCCCUUGGUUUUCUCCUGCGCGACCGUGGCGAUGCGGUGAUUUGGCGCGGACCCAAGAAAACAGCCAUGAUCCGGCAAUUCUUGUCAGAUGUGUUUUGGGGCGAGACAGACUACCUCCUUGUUGACACGCCGCCCGGAACGAGUGACGAGCACAUUGCACUUGCUGAGCAGCUACUCACGCUCUCUACAGUAGAUGCGGCCGCAGCUGCUCAGUCGGGUCUUCCUCGGCUGGCUGGUGCAGUGCUUGUCACAACACCACAGGCUGUUGCGACAUCAGAUGUGCGGAAAGAGGCGAAUUUCUGCGUCAAGACUAAUAUCCCUGUUCUCGGCGUCAUUGAGAAUAUGUCCGGUUAUGCUUGUCCAUGCUGCGGAGAGGUCAGCAAUUUGUUCUCCAGCGGCGGUGGGCAAGUGAUGGCCCAAGAAUUGUCGCUCCCGUUUUUGGGCAGUGUUCCCAUUGAUGUGAAAUUCGGUGAGUUGGUGGAAGGGAAAAUGGAACAGGGAGACAGCGAUGAAGAAGAUGAGGAGGUACCCAAGACCGAGACACAGGAAGCUCCCGCCGAGGAGGAUGACCGGCCACUUGUCGAGAGAUACAGCGAGACUUGGUCAUAUCCUCGAUUCGAAGGCUUUGCGAAGACACUUGUUGGUCAUAUCGAGGGACAAAAUGCCAUAGCCUAG